CCCACGUCGUCUCCGACGUACGUGCCGACGCUCAAACCCACGUAUCGGAAGGAUCCGACGCGGGCGCCGACGUUGCUGCCCAGCCCCGAGCCGACCGUGAAGCCCACCUAUCGCAAGGACCCCACGGCGGCGCCGUCCAUCGAGCCGUCGCCGCUCCCCAGCCCGCGACCCACGUAUCGCAAGGACCCGACGGGCGCGCCGUCGUUCCUGCCGAGCCCGGAGCCGUCGGUGAAGCCCUCCGACGAGCCCUCGGCGGCGCCGAGCUACCUCCCGACGCUGAAGCCGACGCGCCGCAAGGAUCCGACCGCGGCGCCGUCGAUCCAGCCAUCGCCGCUCCCGACGCUGAAGCCGUCCCAUCACAAGGAUCCG